CAAAACGUACAGUCCUUCCAACACUACUCCAGAGCUGCAUCUAUUCAACAUGGCUUACACCAUCAACGCGAGGGAUCUAGUGAUUUAUCACGGUAAUGAUACACGCUAUUGGAAGUGGUACACUGAUGUACCUUCUGGCUUCGAGGUUGCCGAGCUUGUUGAAGUUUGCUGGUUUGACAUUCGAACCAGUGUGCCUGCUAGGGACCUCCCAAGGGGCAGUUCCUAUUCGACAUAUCUCGUGUUCAAACUUAAUGCCAAGCCAAAGGGACUUGAAAAAGCAACUGCAUCGGUUAUGUUUACUGAAGAAAAGGCUAAGGGAACUGAUGACGAAGGCUAUAGUGUGUUCAUUGACAAGUCACAAGAUUCGAAGGAUCCGGGCAUAUAUCCUCAACCCCGUAGUGAUGGAUGGAAGGAAUUGAACUUGGGUGACUUCGUCAACAACCGCGGAAGAAGUUCCACGGCAGAAGCUAGGAUUUUUCAAACCAGUGAUACAAUCUGGAAGUCUGGCAUUAUUAUCAAGGGCAUUGAAAUUCGCCCUAAUUAGGGUGGAUGCACUCUUUACCAUCAUCCUUCAGUCGUUUUGUACCACAGUAAAA